AUGAUUGAGGAAUUCGAGGUAUACUUCUUGCUCUUCGAUAGAGCUGGAUAUGGAGAAAGCGAUGCUCAUCCAUCACGAACAGUAAAAACGGAUACAUACGACAUCGAAGAACUCGCCGACAAAUUGCAAAUUGGUCCAAAGUUCCAUGUCUUAGGAAUGUCACUCGGGGCUUAUCCAGUUUACGGCUGUCUCAAAUACAUUCCUCAUAGGUUAAGUGGAGCAACGUUGGUGGCUCCAUUACUGAAUUUUUGGUGGAGUCGUAUGCCUCAAACCCUAUUGAGUGCAGCGCUCAAGAAAUUACCAAUUCAGAACCAAUGGACAUUUCGAGUUGCACACUACCUUCCGUGGUUGCUAUAUUGGUGGUUGACACAGAAAUGGUUUUCACCGCUUAGUCCAAAUCCCAGAGAAACUAUGACCGAGCGCGACAUAGAACUCGCGGACAAGGACACAAAAAACUCUUAUAUUAAGGAAUCCGCUCUACGACAAGGCGAAUAUGUGAGCACGCACCGAGACAUCAUUGCGGCUUUCGAGAAUUGGGAGUUUGAUCCAACCGAAUUGCUAAAUCCGUUUUCAGAUGGUAACGAAGGGUCGGUUCACAUGUGGUGUGCACUCGAAGACAAACAAAUUUGGCGUGAGGCUUUAAUCUAUAUAUGUGAUAAGCUGCCAUGGAUAAAGCUUCAUCAAGUCCCAGAAGCUGGACAUCUUAUGAUCCAUGAGAAGCAGCAUUUUGAAGAUAUUAUCAAAACCGCUUGUAGUUGA